GUGGCCUGAAAUAUAUCCGAUUUUAUGAGCGACGCAGGCGUUUCAAGAUUCACUGCCCCGUGCUUAUUUGUGUACACGCAGCCAUGGUAAUGAGGGAAACGACUGACCUAAUACAGUCACUAAGAGUCCUGCUACUAAAGACCCUAAGCAGAGGUGUUUACGGCGUACAACUCACCUGAGACUAAUCUGUAGGCGGUAAAUCACCGUAAAAGUACUGUUCUGAACUAUGUGAUACUGUGAUGUGAAGAAAUGCCGUAAGCGACUUCGUUAGGUUAUUGCAGGUUUCAGGCUUGCCAAAACGACUCCGCCGUGCAGUCACUCGGAAAACGAACUCCUGCUUGUCCAGGUACAAAGUAUCCAACCAUCCAAGUAUCAUUCAGCAAUGAUUGAAACCAGCACAGACAGCAAUAGUCCUGCAUUUACAAUAAAUCUAAAUGCUCAAGGACUGAAGGAGAUUCCUGUACAGACCUUUCAUGCUCAGAGUCUGAAAUGUUUGCAUUUAGUAGGAAAUGAACUCAAGACAUUGCCUAACUUUCUGGCAAAAUUAAAAGACCUAGAAGCACUGUCAGUAGAAGGAAAUAAGCUGAAAACACUGCCACUAGAAAUUCAGUUUCUUUGUCACUUACAUGCCUUGGAUAUCAGUAACAAUCAGAUAUCACACCUUCCGGAUGAGAUGGUUCAGCUUAAGAAUGUGAGACAGCUUUUUGCCAAUCAGAAUAAAAUUGAAAAACUACCAACCCUCUUUGGAGACUUGCAGAUGCUGGAGAUUUUAAUUCUAAACGGGAACAAUCUAACAUCUCUGCCAGAGUCCGUCAUUAAUAUGAAACAUUUACAUGUUCUUAGCCUGGAUUGCAAUGCAUUAUCAGUAUUUCCCAAGGUUAUUUGUCACAUCCCCAGACUCAUUAAACUUAGCCUUUCAGGAAAUUCAAUUCAGAGCCUUCCAAAGGAAAUAUGUGAACUGAAGUGUUUAAGAGAGCUGUCACUCAAUAAUAACAAACUGACUUUUCUGCCUGUACAACUUUUCAGUUUGGCACAAUUGGAGGAGCUCAGAUUAUGUGGAAACAAGUUGACAGUAAUUUCAGACAGAAUAGAAAAAUUGCAGAACAUUAGAGUGCUUCAGCUUGCCAACAAUCUGCUAAAUAACAUUUCAGAACAUAUUUGUAACUGUGUUAAUCUAAAGCAUCUUUCCUUUGAUGAUAACAGGAUAACCCAUUUGCCACAAAAUAUAGGCAACCUCAGCAAACUGCAGGAAUUAACCAUUAACAGAAAUUUAAUCAGCAAUAUACCAGAAGCAGUUUCUUAUCUUUCUAACCUCACAACAACAGAAUUCUCUGGAAAUAAACUAGUAUAUAUACCACUUGAAAUAAAAUCAUGUUUGGGAAUGACCAAGGUUGAUCUCAGUGAUAACAAUCUUCAUGAAUUUCCAAUUGGGUUGUGCUCCAUUCUUAUCUUAAAAUACUUAAACCUUAACAAAAAUUGUAUUACAUAUAUUUCUGGUGAUAUUGAGAGUGCUAAAAACUUAGAGCAUCUGGAAUUAAGGGAAAACCGAUUUUCUGAAUUUCCUGUUCAUAUAUGUAAGCUUUCAAACCUUAAUUACCUUGACCUUAGUAAAAAUGCUAUAUCCAGUAUUCCAGCAUCAAUUUCUUCCAUGAGUUUUCUUCAUAUUCUUCUUUUAAAAUGCAACAAAUUUGACUCUUUCCCAGCUGAACUUUGCAACUUAAGUGGAUUGCAAGUUCUUGAUCUGUCUGAGAAUCAGAUGCAAUUUAUGCCAUCAGACAUUAAGAAUCUGCAAAAUAUUGAGGAUCUGAAUAUUUCAGACAAUCAGUUUAAGUCUUUUCCUUCUGAAAUAUGUCAGCUUAGAUCACUGAAGAAACUGAAAUUGUGCCAGAAAAAUGGACUUAAGUUCAAGGAACUUCCAGAUGAAUUGUCAGAACUGACCUAUAUUACAGAGCUUGACAUAUCAGAGAAUGGCCUAAAAAAGAUGCCAGACAAUAUUGGGAGCAUUAAAAAUCUACUCAAGUUAAAUGCUUCCAACAACCAGAUGUCUCAGCUUCCCAAAUCAAUAACAGCUCUGAAUAGCUUGCAGUAUAUUCAUCUAAAAGGAAACAAGAUAACUUCUUUGCCUUGUGACCUUGAAAAUCUGCAGUCACUCAAAGAGAUUGACCUUGAUGAAAAUCCUCUCAUCAGGCUACCAAAAGCAGUAUGUGUUGGGAAGCAACUCUACCCAAUAAGUCGGUACAUGCAGAGUGCUGAUUCAAAGGAUGAAAAGUUGGUACAGAAGAUGAUAAGGAUUGUUGCGCAAAAUGUCUCUCCAGAAGAUUUUGAAUUCUUCUGCCAGAAGCUGAGAUUGAAUGCAGCAGACAUUGCCUCAUUAAAGAAAAACAAGCUAAUGACACCUGAAGAAAAGACACUGCAGGCUUUAAACUCUUGGAAAGUGGAUUGCCGAACAAGACUCGAACCUGCAGCAGUAGUAGAGCAACUGAUAAGAGUGCUUGUAAUGGCCGAUAUGCAUAACCUUGCAGUGAGACUGAGAGCUUUAAAGCUCUAUGCACAAGCAAUAAAAUUCUAACUCUUGGUACAUGCAGUAUCAAUAUCCGUAAAUUUACUGCAGACUUUUCACUGAUGUUCUUCAGGCUAAGUUAACCAGCUGUUUAUAUUAAUUCUGUUUCAAGAAGUUAUUUUAAUAACAUAAAGUAAUUCUAUCUACAUUAUUUACAAUUUAUAGAAGCAGUAGCCAUGAUAUUAGCAGGUGUACAUGUAUCCAGCCAGUAUGAAAACUAAGAACAUUUGGAGAUCAAAGAAUAUUACACAUUGUAGAAUAGCUUGCAUAUAGGUAAAGGUCAGUUAGUUUUCUUCACAUAACCAAAGACUUGGAGUUAGGUCUGCAUCGCAGUUUACACAGACUAGAAGUGAAACUUCAGGUACUGUCCUGGCUGGGCAGUAACUCACGCUUAGUACAAUGUACACUAACAGUGACACACUAACAUAUUAAGAAUAAUGUUUCCAUAAGGAGGACUAGGCAAUAUGUGAAAAUAUAUGAAAAAAAGUGAUACAGGACACGUUGUACCAUAUGGCUUCCAUUUACAAUCUCAGCAUACUUUCAAGUGGUUACUAAGCAUUCAUUAAGUCUUGAUAUUUUCUAUAACAUUUUGUAUUUUUAUCAACCAACUACUACUUUUGUUUGAUAAAACAGUCCCAGAUCUGUGGUGUUCGGAUGAUGUUUUUUUCUUAUGUUUUGUUCUGAUUUCAGAAUCACUAGUAUAAAGCUAACCAGAAUGAAAUUUAAUAGAAUGGGAAAGCAGGAGUAUAGGCUUGUUUAUAUCUAACAUUAUGCAAAUUGGUUGAAUUGGUCUGAAAUUAAUAUAUUGAAACUGUCCCACGAUUUUAAAAACACUUCUUUGAAGCUUGAAUACUCUGUACAGAAUAUUUACUCUGAAUAAAAGUUCAGAUUUCAGCUCCUUGGAAUAUGUUUUUUUUUUCUGCAGAUAUUUUGUAUUUUAUCAGCCAACUACUAUUUUUGUUUGAUAAAACAAUCCCAGAUCUGUGGUGUUUGCGUGAUGUAUUUUUCUUACGUUUGUUUUGAUUUUAGAAUCACUAGUCUAAAGCUAACUAGAAUGAAAUUUAAUAGAAUGGGAAAGCAGGCAUGUAGGUUUGUUUAUAUCUAACAUUAUGCAAAUUGGUUGAAGUGGUCUGAAAUGAAUAUAUUGAAAUUAAAGUUCAGAUGUCAGCUCCUUG